CUCCAAGCUAAAGUAGCGGCGACCGUCACGAACGAAGAUGGAUAGUUCUUCUGCUUCAAAGGAUGGGACAGGAAAUAAAAAAUGCCAGUGCCUGAAUAAAGUAAGCAAUUUCAUCACUGGUUCGAUGGAAAAAGGGUUUUAUAGGUGAGUAAAAAUUUGAUUACAAGACAGGCAAAUAAAAGUGAAUGCAUAUUCGCAGUUGAAGGACACUGCAGAUGGCAGCUGUCACGGAGAUUGUUACGGAAGGGAAAAUUUUUGUAUGGCGAAGAAAGGAAGAAAAGAAAAAGGAAGCUAUGGCCAGUUUUUGGUGCAGUUUGAAAAGCUCUUCACUCCUACCUCACUUUUUAAUUUGUAUGAUUUCCUUUCGUGUUAAAUUUGGGACGCCAUUACGUAACUAUGCCGGCUGGAGAAAGAAACUGAAAUGUGUUACCAACUGCACAACUCUAAACGCUAUAACAAAAUUAAAAUUUAUACGAGUGUUUUUUUUACUUAAUCUAACUUAUAGCUAAGAAUAGCCCACGAAAAACUGAUUCGAUUAACGAUAUCUUCCCAAUAACGUCCAAACGACCAGCCAAUAUUUACCUGUAUAUUCUGCAGUUGUUUGUAUUGUGAAGUGUGAGCGAAGUUUUGAUAGAUAGAUCGACAGUGGUCGAGUUAAUAUUUAACCGACAUAAAGUGAUGACCGUUUUGAUGCGUAUAUUUCAUGUGCGAAAUUCAAACGCUGGUCGAUGGCUGGAGUUUCGUUUCGUUUCGAAUUAGUCACCCAUAAGCAUGAUGUAAUAGUUGCUCAAUCGUUGCCUUAACCUUGGCCGAUUCAAACACAUGUUUACGAAAACAAGCGCUGUGGUACUCGUUUGACGCAAAUAUUUUGCCAGAGCCGUACGAGUUUACAGAUUCUUCGGUUAAUCUUAUGUUCAAUGUGGCUGCCUUCAAGAAAGAAAACAAGAUCAGGCACAAUGCCCGACUAUUAUGUUUUAAUGUUUUCAAAAACCUAGUAUUCGCUACAUGUUUCGAGGUAAGGCAAAACAAGCAAAGCUUAUUCGUAAAAAUUCAGUGAAAUUCAGGCAAAUCGGAAGUAUUUAUGAUAUUUUGGAAAUGAGCAUGUUUGAUCGGAAAAUCUACGUAUUGUUUUUUUUUUCUUCGAUGUUAUCUUUAUUUGAUUGCAGUGAAUGUGCGUAAUUAAUGAUAAUCACAAAGGAUUAUUUCUUAAAAGGCAAGCUUGCAGUUUUGUUGAUUAAUGCAUCGCCUAAGCAUCGCGUAAGUAAGCUUAGUUAUUUUACAUAAAUUUAAGCUUGAAGUUGAUGUGAAAUUUCGGAAUAAGCAUAUUGCGCUUUAAAGUUAAUACCUUAUUUUGUAUUUCAGCCUAACGUCCGUUUUCCCUGUAUUAAGGCGUUAUUAAAUUCACACGUAAUCACUCAUAAAAGCAGCAAUAUUGGACUUUUGUCGAUAAUAACAUUAUGUUAACAUCAUACAGCAGUAUUAAUUACACUGUAAAGUACAGAAUUUAUCGAGAUGUUAGAGUAUGAUUUUGUUGAUAAUUUUCUUGUCCUAAAUUUGGAUGCCCUGUGUUGUUUUCAAUCUCAUUGUUGUUUUCAUUUCUCAUUUUGGUUUAUAACAUAUUUUCAUUUAUUUUACUGAGUAUUACUUAUGUGGCAAGUUUGCCAUUUUUGUUGAUAAUCAUAUCACUUUAAGCAUUGCAUGUAUGACAGGAGAGAUUUUUCAUUUAAGCCAUUGCAUCAUUAGACACACAGCUCUCUAAGGAAAGAAAGCAAUGACAAAAACAGUGAUGUACGUUUGAUAUCAAGGCCUCUUUUUAGAAUAGUGGAAGGAAAUCUUAAAAUAUUACAUUCAGUAAACUUGUUUGCUCUGAAUGAAUCAUUUUUACAAUCUUGAUUAAUAAAUAACCUAGUUAUGUAUCUUCGUGAAGUGCAUCAUCGAAGGUUCAGACUUUGUGUCCAGGUACACAAACUUUAAGAUGGUUAAUCCUUUAACUCCUAGAAGAGAUUAACAUCUGAUUUCUUGUAAUGUUGUCCAGACUUAAUCCAGCAAAUAAGUUUUGAGAACACUUGCACUUAUCAGGUAGAACUUGUUAUCUUGAUCUUAUACCAAAUUCUUGUAACUAAUUUACAAGGAAAUGUGUAGAAACUAGAUAGGAGAAUCAACAAUCAGAUCUUGGGAGUUACUGAGGAUUAAGUAUAUUGAUGGAGAAGAUUAAAAAGGAUUUUUCAACAUUGUAGACUUAUGUUAUUUUUCUCCAGGUUGGGAAAAGCAGUUGGUGGAAAUCCCUGGAUUUCUAUCUUAAUUUCACUCAUUAUUUGUGGAGGAUGUGCUGCUGGACUGAUCAACUUUACCCAGGAGGCUCGAGGGGACAAGUUAUGGACUCCUGAAGAUUCAACUACACAAAAGCACAAACUGUGGGUGGAUGAAAAUUUUCCUUUAGAAGUGCGCUUUUCCACAGCUCUACUUGUGGCAGGAGAUGUUCUUACUCCUGCAGUUUUGAAAGAGGUAAAAUACCAUAAUAAUAUUUUGACUGUACCAUCCACUAUGUUUUCUGUUAUUCUUGUCACAGGUCAGGAAAAGGUUCAGAAAAUAUAAAUUUCUUGAAGGUCACAGGGAAGGGUUAGGGAAUUUCACUCCAAGUCAGGGAAAUCUUACAGCUUUGAAAGAUGGCAGGGAAAAAAAGAUAUUUCAAAUACAUGUACAUGUAUGUAAAAGUGAAGUUUGUGGAGUUGUUAAUUCAGUUUAAGUUUUUAUAACUGUUAAUUGAUUUGGUCAGGGAAAUUUGAUGUUAGUUAGGGAACAGUCAGAAAAAAGUCAGUGAAUUUCAUCAUCAGCCCAUAUACAAGUAUUACUGUGGUAGCAAAAGGAAAUCUUCAGAUUUUAGAUUUUGGAUCUCCUCCCCUUCUAUCACCUUUAAAUUAACUUUUUAUGUGCUAUUCUCAUUUUUGAUUACUUAGGAAUACUCACAUCUGGAAUACAUCCUUGACAAUCCCAUGUUUUUAUGUUGGUGUAAAUUUUUUUAUCCAGUUCAAUUUUUGUUGAGAUUUUACUAUUUCAUAUAAUGAAAAUGUAUAAAGGACAACAAAAACUGAAAAUCUAACAAGUUUGAACUUUUUAAACUAAGAAAAAGUGAUUGAAUUGAACUAAAGUACAUUUAUUUACAUGUAUCACCUAACCAUCAAUUUUUUUCGAACUGAUGCAAAUUUCAGCUUCUGUAGUUGUUAUCUAAAAAAUGCACUUCACUGUUAUCUUUUAUGCAUACCCUUAGGCACAAGGCUGUCUGAAAUGCAUUCAGGGCAUGAAAUUGUGGCUAAACAGGCGCCAGUGUGACUAAAUUUUUCACUUUGGUGACCAAAUCCUGAAAACUAGUCACCAAAUUGGCAACCAGAAUGCUUCAUCAUAACUUUACCCAGAGAUAAAGUAAAUUAAAAAGGUUGUUUGCCUCGUUAAGUUUGUUUCCAAAACACAGCACAUGCAUCUCGAUCGGUAACUAGAUGCCAUCUUGGGUUUAUGUGAGCUUGUAGGUUGUAUGUCAUCCAUCCUAGUGUCCACUUUGUAGCAUGUUAAAGAUCUUUUUCUUAACUUAAUUUUGAAGGGUCUGUCUAGAACACUAACAAUUUAAAAAAAGGUUUCAUUUGUCUUUCAAAGUGGCGACAAACUUUUUUUGAAUUGGCUACCACUUUGAAAAAUUUAGGAGCCAAGUGGCUAUCAGAAAAGAAAAAAAUUUCAUAGGGAAACUAUAUUUUUGGUUGCUAUGUGCUAUAUAAUAAAACAAUUAUUCACCUCGGUGUUAAGUGAAAGUGGUGGAUAUUUACCUCGCUACUUCAUGGCUCGGUGAAUAUCCACCCUGGCAUUGGAUGUCAAUGUUGCGAAUCAGUAACUUAUCUAAACAACAUUGUGUCUAAUCUCUCCAAAUAUCAUUUACUUGUGUUUGCAUUUCUAGUAUUGCCUUAUAUUUCACUCAAACAGUUAUAAUUAGCUGAAAAUAGUGAAAAUAAAACCAGAUAUUUUGAUUCAAAAUUUUAUGAAAUGUAAAAUUCUGUAGACUUGCUCUGUCAAUCAGAAACAAACCAAUUAUGAGAGUGCAACAGAUAUAAAUAGUUCAAGUUAGAUUCGCCAGGGACUUUGAAACUGUGAAGUUAUUCAAAAAUUAUAUAUUUCUAACCUUUUUUGUUGUAUUAUCUUUUAGGCACUUAUGAUUCAAAACAAGGUCACUAAAAUAGGCAAUGGAACUGAUAUUUCUUGGGAAAAAUUUUGUUUUAGGUUAGUAUUUGAUGUGUUAAAAUCAAUCUAGCAAUAUAAUCAGCCAUAUAUUAAGUACAUGUUGUUUUUUGUGUUAUCAUAAAGUUUCAUUUGCUAAGAAAGCAAGGAUUUUUUUUUUUCCUCAGUUGUUUACAGAACAACUCAGAAAAUCUCUGGAAUGUUGUUUUAUCAGGAAAAUGGCAAUCAGGCAUGAAAAAAACCAAACUCCAUACUACACGGGCACAAAUAAACAAUAUUCCCUCAAAAAGUCAUGUUAUUCCCUUAUUAACUGGUGUUUGGUUGUGUAUUUGAAUUGCCAACUUGAUGUGAUCUCCAUGCAGUGUUCUUGUGAGGACCACAAUAAAAAGCUAAGAAUGUAUUUCAAGAGAUCAUGGUUUUCUAAGUUCAAUCCUCCAAGUUCUUUAUAUGAAUACACUGUACCUUAAACACAGAUAUUGUUGAGUAAUGAUAAUUUAAAAUAAUGAUAAUGAUGUUUGAGACUAAUUAUAAUAAUAAUAAUUGUUAUUAUCUUAAUGUUUUAUUUACAGUAUCUCCAUUAACUAAAAAAUUGUUCUUUUCCUGUAAAUAUUUACUACUGUUAGUAACUAUUAACGAAACUAAAGAUAUCAUAGAUAUACAUGUAAAUAUAAAACAACGAUUAGAGUUUAGCACACUGUAGAUAAUAACUGUGUCACUAUUGUGUGACGGUGAGUAAGUCAUCAUAACUGAUUAUUUAAAUAAUGAAAAAUGACUUUUUUGUAGGGUUGGUCCAGUUUGCUCUAACAAUGGUCUACUGGAGCUUUGGUCGUUUAAUGAGACUCUCAUUAAUUCUCUAACAAAGGAAGAAAUCUUGAAGAAAAUAAACCAGCCAGUCAUAAUAAGGUACCAGUUAUGGAAUUUCUCCCAAAGUAGUCACUUUGUUAGUCUGUCAGUUAGUUAGUCAGUCAGUCAGUUACUCAGAACGUCAGCCUGGAAACUCUCCAUGGUGGCCAAUUUACAUUUAUUUAUCAGCUCAGUUAAUAAUACCAAAUUACCUUGUCUGUAUCUGUGUCUCAAUUAGUUGAUCAGCCAGUGGGUUAAAUGUCUGUCCUUUUGUCAGCCUAUUUGUCAGUCAGUCAAUCAACCAAUGGGUUUAUGUGUCUAUAUGUAUGUCUGUCUGUCUCUCUUUCUGUUCAUCUCUGUCAAUCAUUUUUUUUGGGGGGGGGGUGUGCAUUUUUUUUCAUAAAUUUGUUUGUGAUUUUUAGAUACAAAAAAUUUUAUUAAUUGAUUUACAAAUAAUAACAGGAUCAUGGAAGGGGAGAUGUGAGAAUUCCCUUGCAAAUUGUAAACUAGGCUCAAUAUAGUUAUUGUAGUACAUGAACCAAGUAAUGAUAUCCAAAGAGCCUAUGAACUGAGCCAAAUAGUUUGGGUAAGCAAGGCAGCUAUAUAUUCAAGACCAAUUAAUCCAUUUUUAAUUUAAUAGAAUGAAAGUCGAAAUCAUUGCACUUGUACACUUGAUCACAUGUUCUUUAUAUGUUGAUUGAUAGAAACAUUGAAGGAAUUUAUGAGUAAAGAUACUCACAUCUUUGUUUUAUUUUUCAGUCCUGUGACAAACAAGAGAUUUGUGCUGUCCCAGUACUUGGGUGGAAUCGAGAAGAAUGAGUCAGGUUACAUUACAAAGGCUGAAGCAACAUCAAUGUCAUAUGGGAUAAAAUAUACCCCUGAACUGAACAAAAACACAGGAGCUUUGGUAUGUUAUAUAACUAUAUACUAGUGCGCUUUUUGUCAUAUUUAUACACAGACAGGAAGUGUUUUGCAGGGCUUUUGAAUAAAAGCUGAUCACUGGUGGAUUACUACUACCUACAUGCAUAAGAUCUCUUUUCGCCAUCUGUUUAGCUUGUGAGCAGGCUGAGUUGUGUUUGGGUUUCACAUCAUGGUCCCUUUCCAGGUACAGCUGCCUAUCACACCAUUGGCAGCUGCUGAUUGAAGACGUUAUUGAAACCCCAAGGGUUUUGGUUGACGAAUGUUAUACAAUGUAUAGAUAUUCAGUCUGAGAUAUUGGGAUGGAUGUGGAAAGAUGCAGUGGAAGUGGAAAAGUACAAUGUAUCAGAAUGUGUACUCUGCCAUUACUGUUUUCUAGUUUUGAAUAGUUCUACUCAUGAUGUGGAGAUUUUCCUUUAACAAUCAGCUCUCUCUUCUGAUAAAAAUCCAGUAGGGUGUAUUUCAGUUUCCAUUUGAAAAACUUUUAAUUUAUAGGUUUAAUAAUCCUUGUAUGAAUCUAAGUUUAUGAGUAUGUACAAGAUAUUACAUUGAUUUGUAUCAUGGAUGAACAUGAUCACUGUUGUCUUCAUUUUUUUUUUUCUGCCUCAUCAAUGUCAUUACCUCAUCUUCAACAUAAGUGGUAUAUUAAUUAAUGUGAUAUCUGUAUUCCUCUCAAAUGGUUCCUUUGUGUGUGAACUCUACCUGAAUAAGCUCUUUUCUGAGAAAAGUUGCCAGUCAUAACUUCAGCUAUAAGCUAGAGAAUGGUUCAGUAACAGUUGUUCACAGCCAGCAUCUCACUGUUCCAUGUUUUAAAGGGACAAACUUAAAGGGAGAUUCUGCAAAGUUUUGAUUGAAUAAAUUGCUCUGAAAGUAUCUAUAAUUCAGCACAAAAUUACUAUCUUUCUGUCAUGAAGAAAAUACUUGAUUCUUUUAUUAGGAGGAUAAAAAUACAGAUGAAUGGGAAGAAAAAUUUGGAAAAUUGAUGGAUGCUCAGGAGCCAUCAUCUGCAGAGCUGUAUUAUAACACACGUCUCCAGUAAGUUUUGCACAAAAUAAAUCACAUUAUACUUUGGUGUAUUUUUUCCCUUUCUUUGGACAAAAUAGCAGGAUGCUGCGUCCAACAAAACUACUACAGAAAUAGAUAGUUGUUUUCAGUGAUAUUUUAAUGAUUAAAAAUGCUUGUUGAAUUUAUCAUCAGAGACCGAACAGAUUCAGGUGACAGCAUUCAAGGUGAUGUUCAACUCCUGUCCAUUGGGUACAUUCUUAUCAUUAUUUAUGUUGCUGUUAUGCUUGGAAGAUUAACUCGUCUCAAUAUCAAGGUACUGUGAUACAGUCAUUGUCAGUUAUUGUUGGUUUACAAUCGUCGCAGAGUAAAUUGUUGUUUGGACUGCACAGAUAGUCAAGGCAUGUAUUUUUUAGGAUACUUGUGGAGGGAUUUUUCAGUGACUGUUGGAGGAAGUUAAGUUUAGGUUAACCCUAAAUACACUCUAACAUCAGACUGAGUAUGCAGACUGAGUAUCCAUACAUUUCCUGAAUUGCUCUCAAGGAGAAUUUGUUUAAAAAUCAAGAGCUUUAUAAGUUGGUGAUCAUUUCCUUGAUUCCCAUGACCUUAAUGUUUGAUUCAGGGGUGAUAUUGUAAGGAGAAGUUAGAUGCUGGUCACUCUCAGGGGUUAAAGGGUUAAGUUGUUGGCUUUCCAUUACUUGAUAAUUUGGUUUUAUUAACUGAGUUGAGUUUCGCAAGCUGAUGUUUCAAAUGUAAGGAACACUUUGUCAAAAUGAAGGAACAUCAGCUCUUAAUUAGUAACUCCUUACAGUAGCCAAUUUGUGUUAUCAUCUCAGUUGAUAAACCAAAAUUGUCUUCUAAUACCCCCCACUGAUGUAGUACCAUGAUUUCUUUAGAAACUUAUCCCCUUUUACCAAUACAAGAUUUUACAAUCAGCUUGAAAAACAUUCACCACUUUCUGAACUAAUCAGAUGUAAAACAAAGCCAUUCCUGACUUUAUCUGUCAAGUUUUCCUCACUCUUCAAGCAGCUGGCUUGCCUCAACCCUUUAACUUCCAAGAUCUAAUCAUUAAUUCUCCCCUCCAUUUGCUACACAUUCACUUGUAAAUUAGUUAUGAGAAUUUGGUGUUAGAUCAAGUUAACAACUUCCACCUGAUAAGUUUGAGUAUUCUCAUCACCUGUUUGCUGGAUAAUGUAAGGAUAUUGUAGGAGAAGUUUCAUGUUGAUCACUUCUGGAAGUGGAAGGGUUAAUUUGCUUUCUACUCCCAUUGGCUCCUUUGAAUUUGUUACACUCAACCAUUGGUUUUUUUUAAUGCUAAUUAGUGUGAUUUUGUUUUACAAUACUGAAGUCAAUUCUAGCCUAUCCCAGGCAGCUUUUCCAUGGCACUACAUGUCAAUUUACUAUUUAUUUACUGUAGGCUUGGCUGGCUUUACUUGGUGUCAUUUGCAUUGGACUGGCCAUUGGUGUGUCAUUUGGGCUGGCCAGCGCUUUUGGAGUUUUUUAUGGUCCUGUUCACUCAACACUGCCAUUUCUCUUACUUGGUAAGAUUGCUUUGAAUUCUGGGACUUUAUCCAUGGUCAUUUUGUAGCCAAAAUCAUCCAGCAGUUGGACUAUUGUGUCACUAUCUUCUGACAAUCAAACUUACCAGUGCAUUGUUUCUACUGCAGGUAUUGGAGUAGAUGACAUGUUUGUUAUUGUACAAGCAUGGAACAACUUAUCCCCUGACACUCAUAAGAACCAAGAAGUUGCAGAGCGCAUUGGACUUGCCUUAAAACAUGCUGUGAGUUCCAUUUAUUUAUUAACUAUAGAUUUAGUAAAAUGCUAAUUUUAACAGUCAGUAGGCUUUAUUGGAAUGGGAAUGGGAUAAUAUGUUUUUUUAUCUUGUAGCAAAGGUGGGACAAAUGAAAAAAAUAUAUCAGUUACCUUUCUGUCCGACCACAGACCUCUCAAUUUUACCUUAAUGUGGUGUACCACUGAGUUACAGAAAAGAUGAUACCAGCAGGGGUUUCAAAGCUAGUUACCAGCGGUUGACUGCUGACUUGAAGCCCUCUUACUGCCUUCUGUUUAGUCUGUAGGCAGAUUUACAUGUUUGGGUUUCGCUUUACAGCUCCUUUUUCUGGCACAGUGGCCAACUACACCAUCAGCAGCUACUUAUGAAAAAAGUUACUGAAACCCCUGUUGUUGGGUUAUACCUUUACCAAACUUAAGUUUGUGUAUGGCAAGGGUCCUCAGCAUCCAGCAAGGAUCAGUAUGGAGAAAGAAGCAUACUCAAUAGACUAAUGAAAUACAAAUCAAAACCUGCAUUAUUUUAAGAACUUGGGUUCUUUUCAAGUUAGCCUCCAUAGGUUCUUAUAUAAAUGGUGUUUACUGUGAAAUGAGGCUACCUAGUUUCUUAAUUACAUUAUUAAUCAUUGUUUUAAAAAAAAGGAACUUGUGUUGGUGGGCAUUGGUGGGAUACUGCACUGUAUGCCAACCUCAUCACACCCUGCUUUACAUGGUUAACUUACAUAAACAGUCAGAUAUGUUGCACAACUAUGGAUGUAUUGAUAGUACAGUAUUGAGGUCUUAUAACACUGCUUGUGUUCUGGCUAGUUUUUGUUACUUUUUUGUAUCACAUAUGAUGUACUGUAUCAAAUUUGAGAAAACACUUCAUUCUAAAAAUAAGAACCUGUAUUGAGAUUUUAGCCUAAAAUGGUUCUUUUAACCCAUUAAACCCUGAGAGUGACCAGCAUCUAAUUUCUCUUAACAGUAAUACAGCUGAAUCAUUUAUUGAGAUCAUGAGUUACAACGGAAAUUUAUUGCCAACUAAAGAAGCUUUGAUUGCUAAACAAAUUCUCCUUGUCAGUAUUAAGAGAAAUGUAUAGAGAGGAGUAUGGAGAAUAUGGAUACUAAUGUUAGGGUGCAACUCCCAAGAUCCCAUUAGUAAUUCUCCUUACUGUCUGCCAUACAGUUCUUGUGAUGUUAGUUGGGAGAAUUUGGUAUUGGAUCAACUUAUAAUCCCCCAACUGAUAUUUUUCUUCACACUCAUCACUUGUAUGCUUGAUAUUUUAUUGAUGUUAUAAGGAGAAAUUCUGUCUUGGUCACUCAUGGGAGUUAAAGGGUUAACUAGGAAAUUGAAGCCUAACAAGUUUUUAAAUUUUAGGUUCUUAUAUCCAGGUUUUUGCAGUAUAUAACACUUUUAGGGUGAACAUAGAAUAUGACAAAUCAGUACUACUACUGGUAGUUACACUCUGUGAAUCUUGGCUAAGAUUUUUUAUUUAUUUUAUUCCAGGGCUGUUCAAUAACAAUUACAUCUUUGACUGAUUUCUUGGCUUUCAUGAUAGGAGCAACCACCGUGAGUUGUUUAUUUUCUAUAUUUUAUGUAAAUUGUAUUAUUUAAACAUCACAAUAGGCCAUUUUACAGUUGUGUACUUAGUUGCCAAGCCUUUGAUUUGGAGUGAGGCUGAAGGUGACCUUGUUGUGAUAGAGACCAGUAUCUUGUUAGCAUGAUAACAAAGUAAUUUGCAUUUGAAAAGCAGCAAGGUUUGUAUCAUGACAAGGUCACCUUUAGCCUCAUUCCUGUUCAAAGGCUUGGCAACCAAGCACACAACUGUAAAAUGGACUAUUCUCAAGAGUUAAUGUCAUGGAAGGGGAUUUUUUAACCCAUUCAUAUGUAUUGAUAUUACAAUGAGAAAAUCUGUCUUAGUCACUCAUGGGAGCAAAAGAGCUGAUGGUUUUGAUGAUCUUCCUUCCAGAUUUUACCAGCCUUGAGAUCUUUCUGUCUUUUUGCUGGGAUUGGUACGUUGGAUUUUCUGUGUCUUGUCUUUUUUGUUUUUGUUGUAGGGUUUUUUUUUUGCCUUGUUUUGUUUUUGUUGUUGUUUUCGUUUGUUUUUGUUUUUUACACGAGCAACAAAAUCAGAUUAUCCUCCAUUGUAUAUUUUUUCCUAUUGCAGGUAUUUUAGCAGACUUUGCACUUCAGGCCACUAUGUUUACAGCCUUCUUAGCUCUGGAUGCCAGAAGGUAAAAUGCUCUCUUGUUCACAACGAUGGAAACAUGGUUCACGUUACAAGGUUACUUUGAUUGCAGUUUGCUUGGAGACUGGAUCACAGCGGGAAAUUCUAUGUGUUUUGUUAUGAAGUAAUCUUCCUUCGCCAAUACAGCUUUUGCGUGAAUGAUGAAGUGCAAAUUUUCGGUAGGGGUAAACUUUCUCUUGAAAUUGCGGGACUCACUCACGUCCCCAGUGAAUUAUUCUGCGAAAGUUCAGACGGAUCCAAACAAAAGCUGCCACGCAAAGUAGAAAUUUUGUUUCAGGCAAAAUUUCUUCGAAAAUUUGGGAUAGAGAGCGUCGGAAUGUGUCGAUGGAUAUUUGCGUUACUUUUGCACAAUAAUGUAUGUCCAAGUAUUUGGCUUUUUUUUUGUUACUUAAAUGUCACUUUGUGAGUUUCAUUUGCAACUUUCUUUUCUAACAGUUUUGCUCAAUUGUGUACAGGCAAAAUAAGAAUCGAGAUGGCUGCUGCUGUUGUAUCAAGCUGAGAGAUGAUUACACAGAAAGUGAGCGUGGCAAAAGAGAUCUCUUGCAGGGAUUUAUGGACAAAUAUGUUGCACGAGCUUUACUGUCACUUCCAGGAAAGGUAAAAACGUAGUGCAAUUACACAGUUAAGAGUUUUAGGGGAUAUGUCCAGGAUUUAGCCUCAGUGAAAUUCGAUUUCUCUUCAAAAGAAAUCAAAAGGUGUCCUUAUCAAUGAGAUUCUAUCAAAACACACUUGAUUGUUUCAUAUUUAUUACACCCAUUUUGAAAUCACCAGUGGCCCCUGUAAUCUGAUUGGCUCCAAUUGGUGCGAUUUAUUCACGAAUCGCACCUUUUUUUGCUUUAAAUCGCAUCUUCUUCCCAACCAAUGAGGAGGCUACACUAAAAACAAAACAACCAAUCAGAUUUCAAGGCUUGUUUAAAGUAACCAAUCACUUUACAGGAAAAUGAAAGACAAAGAGUAUCAUAUGGCAUAUUUUGCAACUUUUUUUCCAAAACUCUUACUUUUCCUCCCAAAAAAUGGAUGAAUUGAAUUUCAGACCGGUUCAGUACUGCAUCAAUAAAAUAUUUGAACUGACCAAGUCCUUUAGUUGGGCGGUUUCAAAAUAGGUGUAAUCAAGUAGUAAUUGAACCUCGUGUCGAGCAGUUUUGGUCUGAAAUCAUACUUGUGAUUUCAAAUCGAGCGCGCUUGUUCGAUUUUGAAAUCACGCGGAUGAUUUCAGCCCAAAUUGCACUCCACUCAGUUCAAUUACCAUUAUAAAUUGUCGGUAUUCCGGAUUCUGUUGAAUUGUGAAUCGCAUCACCAGUCUUUAGUUGGCCUUUGUCAUUGUUUUGAUCUUAAAAGAAAUAAAGAGGAUAAGUUUUUAAUGAAACAUUGAUGUGCGCAUUUUAUUUUUGUAAAAAUUUUUUGCGUUGUAUUUUUAUUAUCUUGCAGAUCGUUGUGAUAAUUAUAACAGGAACCCUUUUUGGUGUUAAUUUAUACGGUACACUGAUGCUGCGGCAGUACUUCGACCGUAUCUGGUUUUUGCCAGUCGACUCAAUGAGUUACAAGUACAGCACAAUGAAUACCAAGGUACAGUUAAUGAGUCACUUUGUCAAAACUAGGACCCCCAUUAUCAGCGCGGCAAGACCCGCAUUUCUCCGUCCCCGGGAAGAUUUGAAACGAAUAAAGGGGGUAAUUUUUCGAGAUAAUGUGGUGCUGCGCCGGUGGGAGAGUAUAACAGGUAAUUAAGCGUUAUCAACUGAGCUGAAAACAUAAAUUGGCCACCGUGAAGAGUUUAAAGGCUGACGUUUCGAGCGUUAGCCCUUCGUGAGAGUGAUUGGUAUGUAGAUUUGAAACGAGUCGAGGAGAAGUUCGCCGGGGGUCUGGCACUAAUAAUUAUUAGUUCCAGACAGACCCCUUGCUGAUCUCUCGCCAGCUCGCGUUGUUACGCUCGUGCCGAAGCGUUAUUAAUGGGAGUUUUGGAUCCACGUUUGGAGUGUUCACCGCAAACGUCAAACCGCGGUCAGCAGUUUGUGGUUAGAGGCUAGAAGUUUCAAGACUUUCAGUUUUUUAGAUCGACGUCGGAUUUCACCUGGAAAAAAUCAACAUGUGCGCCGCCAUCUUGAAAUACACAAAGGAUGGAGGUCCUUUAUUUGAAACACGAAAUGUGGCCGAAAGAUCGGUUUCUAGCGUCCCAAACGGAAUGGUUAUGGAGAAAAGACUUCACUUCACUUAUAUAGGACAUACGCGAGAACUUUCGAACAGGAAGACAAAAAGCGUCGACGGAGUUUAACUACCUGAAACUGCCUUGCUUGAAGUUCAAACGUGGACGGCAAACGUGACCGCUGGAGUCUGGUCCCGUGACUCCUAGACGUUUGCGGUUACAUGUAUUCAGAAACAAACGUGGAUCUAAAACUCCCUAAAGAGGAGUGGGGGCCCGCUCACAAGUUAGCCAUUGCAUUAUGUAGGGUUGGAUUAGGAAACAACAGAGGAUGUGAGUGUUUUUUACCAAACCAAAUUGUGGUAUUGAGGCGCAGAAGAACUGGACGUCGCUCUCCAAUAAGCCCCCCCCCCCUCCCCCCUCGAACAAGCGCUGCAGUUGAGGUGCAAAAAUUUUUAAUUAUUAUUUUAUUGAAUGCGGUAUAUGCUCUAAACCUGUUAUUUUAUUGCAGUAUUUCCCUGUGGAUGGGAGACCGGCAAAUAUCUACACAGGUUCGUGAGCUGAUAAAAUGCAUUUUCCAGUUCAUUUUUUAUUAUACGCAGGUGCGUGUAGUGAACUGCAGUGUGCGUGUUCCGCGUGUGUUAUGCGUGGGAAUUACACGCGCAUCAAGCGUGUUUAAUGCGGCAGUACACGAGAGCGGUACAGUCGUUUUCGAAGAAAAAUUAUCCACUGACUAUCUGCGUCUUGUGUGGUCUAAGUUCAGACAAAGAUAGCUCUCACAAUUAUGGUAAAAGUGCUUUUUGUGCGAGCUUCUUGGCUAAUUCAAAAGUAAUUAGCAAAGUAUUAUUCACCUCCAAGUAGCCAAAGAGAAACAACCAGACUUCCAAUAAUCAAGGAGGAAACUAGUUAGAUCGACAGGGUGGCUUUAACAAAAAUAGUGCUCUGUCUUCCAGGAAAAUGACGCGAAUCGAAUUUGCGAAUCUCCGCGCGAACUUUCGCUUCAAAUUUCGAGGAAAUUUCAAAAGGACAAACAAGGACAUUCGUACAUUUCAUUGACAUCACUUUUGCACAAUACCGUAUCAAGAAUUUUAGAGAAGGAAAAAGUUUAGUGUUCAACAUGUUUCAUUAAAUGAUACUGUUUGUUGUCGUUUGUUUUUGUCUGCAGGAAAGUUUGAAUAUUUUGAAAAUCAAGGCAAACUACACGGCCUUUACGAUCUGGCAGUCAGUGACGAGUAUGUGGUGGCAAGCUCAGUGAACAGUUGGUAUGAAGAAUACAUUGACUGGGCCAAGAAAGUGAAACCAGGACAAGAUUUUGAUCAGACCAGCUCUAAAUGUGAGUUGUAGAAAAAACUGGAACAUGCGCACCAUAGUAGUCUUGAUCGAUAUAUCGGCCUACAGUCGACCGACACUCAACCCAUAGUCCGCCCUUACUCGGCACACUGUCGGUCAAGUAUCCGUCGACGAUCGGCCGACUGUAGGGUGACUAUCGAUCGAUUCACCUCAGGUUGGUUGGUUCUCUUUUCCGUUCUUUCUGAUUGGCCGUCGUCUUUGCUUUGGUUUUUCGACACUCAAGAGGAAAUCGCUCAACUUGCAACUUUCCAUUUUUAAAAUUACUCUAAUCACAAUUCUAACUAUUCAAAACACAAUAAAACACACGUGCUGUAUUAGAGCGCGCUUUUCGGUCGAGUGUCGUAAAAUCACAACCAAAGUAAUCACAAUGGCCAAUCAGAGAGAAGGAACAUGGCUUGAAGAGCCAAUGAGAAGGCAAAGUAAAACCGACCAAACUGCCUUAAGCGCGGGAAAACGCGCGUGAUCAAGUCGUGAUCGGCUUUAGUCUUGGAACUGAUUAGUUGAGAAAGUUGCGCGGAUUUUCUGGACUAAUCAAAGGGCGAAGUAAAGCAAGAUCAAAGAAAUCCAAGAUUACUCAGGACACUCAAUUAAAAAUUGCUCCAAAUUGCCAAGCAUUACUUGUACUGCUUGCACUAUCGAUAAAGUUCUCUUCUUUAGGAACAAAACUAUCAGCAGCAUUGAAAUAAUUUCACCAUUUCUCCAUUAUAGGGAAAAUAAACAGCAAAACGGAAUUCUACAGAUGGCUGGACGAGUUUCUAAAGGGGCCGGGGAUCAGCUAUCGUAAUGAUGUGCGAAUGAAGAAUGGAACGGGGUCGACCUAUGAAAUUACAGUAAGAAAUGUUCCUCUUUUUUAAGCAACUGAAUGAGACGAAGUCCCCUUCACUCGUAAGCCUUUGGUCAUCUCUUUCAAACAUGAAGAUAACGAGGAUAAAUUCAACAACAAUUUAAGAAGCUCUCGAUUGUCGAACGACUUUUCUCUGCCAUACCAUAUGAAAUGGAAAAUAUGCAUGCUAAUGUUAGGAUGUAAAGGGUUAAUGCAAUUUUCUCCUUAACAUCGUAAUGUAGCACUCUGUGGACAGCUAUUGAGAACUCUCCUCCCCCCCUCCCUCUCUUGAUGAGUGUUGUGUUAUUUUAAAUCCAGUUAAGAUCAUUCAUCAUUCAUCAUUCUCCGACAGGCUACUCGAAUGAGAUUGACGCAUAAAGACAUGGACUCCACACAAACAGAAGUCAAAGCUAUGGAGGACUUGCGUGAAAAAGUUGGAGAGGUGUUCCCCGAUGAGCUUGCCUUCCCAUACUCUUUCUUUUAUCUGGGAUGGGAGACAAACAAGGUAAGAGAAUAGCCUCACUUUAUUACGUUGUGGUUCAUAGCUCGGAAACUGUCUUAAACCUCAGACUUAAUUGUCGUCCGUAAGCUAAUACUCCAAGCCAACACGCUCAUUAAAAUGCGAGAAAGAAUAGUGACAGAAGAUUUUCAUAGAAUAUUUUGUACGUGCUACACUUAGGGGAGUUUUUGUACAACUCAUAUCGUAACGAUAUGCUCAUAUAUUCACUUAGCCUUUUUUCAAUCUUCCCUUCCAGGUGAUCUCCGAAGAACUGUUUCGUAAUAUGGGCCUGGCAUUAAUGACAGUGUUUCUGGUGACUCUGCUUGUCCUGGCAAACCUGUGGACCUGUCUUCUUGUUUUCACUUGUGUCGGCUUCACUUUGGUACGUGUCACCAGGAAUUUUUUCGCGCACACGUGAUUGUGAAAGGGAGAAAUGGGCAGUGUUGUUCCCAAGCCUCUUUAUUCUUCCUGUCCGAGAGAGAGAUGGGGGAUUCCUCUAGUACUGACUUAGGUAAAACCUCCCCCCCCCCCCCCCGGCAGGGAAUUCCCCUGGUCUUCAGUACCAGAAUAUCUCGCAGAACAGUAAAAGUUUUGGAGGCGCUACCAGCACUACCGUACUUCAGCCCCCCCCCCCCCUUUUUGCUACAUUGUUCGAAGUAACCCAUAUUUAUUAAUUAUUGGCCACCAGGUCAACAUCACAGGUACGAUGCAUUUUUGGGGCCUGACAAUUGAUACUGUGAGUACUAUCUGUCUGGUGCUGGCGGUUGGGCUGUCUGUGGAUUACGCUUCCCAUGUUGGACACACUUUUAUGAUAAUACCUGGCUCGCGAACCGGUGAGUGUUCGUGUUUGUCAUUUUCAAUCUGAGUUUGUUUUUUUUUUAUUUAAAAUCCGUGUCAACCUACUCCAUCCUCAGGCAUCUUGUUCCUUCUUGGUGUGUUAUUGUCUCUUUUGGUGUCUUACCAAACUAUGCACCAUUCACACCAGCAAAACGUGUGUUUUAAACUGGGAAUCAGAAACAGAGAACUGAUAAACUGAAUUUAACAUAGGUUUUAAGUCGUCACUAACUUAUAUUUUCAAUGUGCUGAAUUUGAAGUCUACAAACAUCGGUUUAAAUAGCUUCUAUGAAGGAUACAAUUUUAAACUACGCGGCACACACCUCAGAAACCCGACCAAUUUUUUCGUUUUCAGUCAUUAGGGUUCAAAAUACGAAUUAACACUAAUUGUGAAUCUUCUUCAUUUUUGUUUGUUUGUUUUUUAAAGAACGUGCUCGCGCUACUUUGAGGGAUAUUGGGCCAGCAGUGUGGAAUGGAGGUUUCAGUACAUUUUUAGCUGUGUUUCUUUUGGCGUUUUCCAAUUCGUAUGUGUUUAAGACGUUCUUCAAGGUAAGUAAUUAAAGUAAAGGUGUAUCGUAACAAAUUAUGGAAAUAUAGAAUCCACAGGAAUCAAUUUCAACCACUGAACUACACGCGAAUCAUUUUUUUUCUCGAAAACUUGACGUAACAGUUUGUUGUAUUCCAUGCGAGUGUAUAAAUGCGUGUUAAGACAAAAUCGAUCUUUGGACUCUGUGACACUCACAGGUCCUAAUUAUCAGCAAAUGGUAGGUUUUGAGGAAAAAAUGCAACUCUCUCCCUCUCUCUCUCUCUCUUCUUCCCCCCAAAAAAAAAAAUCAAGAGAUUCUUAACUCAUUCGAUGCGUUAAGUGUUCAUAUCGUGUGUAGAGCUAUGUUCAUUUGACUAGCAAAGUAAUCCUCUGGUUUUGCUUUACUUACCUCUCUGAUUGAUGUGGAAAUAUCAUGCCACCGCUUUUUGAACCCAUCAGAUGAAACGUUAAAAACCAAUGAAGACUUGGUUACAUGCAUUUACCCACGCAUCUGUCUGUUUGAUUUUUCAGUGUGAGUUCUCCUUGGCCCCUGUGAUAUUUCCACUGUUCUGAUUUCUUUUCUGAUUACCUUAUAUCUAAGACACUCAUUUAAGAAAUGCUCUACCUAUGCUCCUUAGUAAUUGUUUUCAAUCCAUACUUGUACACGAUUCAAUCUUUUUUUUUUUUUUUCUGGUUUCUUUCAGGUGUUUUUCUGUGUAGUCGUAUAUGGUUUGUUUCACGGCUUGUGCUACCUUCCCGUGCUGCUCAGCGCUAUCGGACCAGCUCCGUACGAAUCGGCGCAGUCGCAUCAUGAUGGCAAGGGAACUAGGAGCCGGUCACCGGUCCACCCCGCGGGGCUACCGGGAGAUAACGUCAGUUAUGAACUGGCUGUGGCUAAUGGUAAAGGCACCCCACGGAAGAGUGCCCAAAAUGGCGGAUAUCCCAUCCCACCACCGGACUAUCAAGGUGAUGGUUUUAACAUUUAUCACAGCAAGUUUCGUUUCUUACACUAGGUUUUUAACAGCAAUGUUGUAUAGAACAUAAAUUUUCUUCUACUGUUCGAUCUCUUAAAAGUUUCCUUAGCUUGGAUUGACUCGGAGUAUUCUUAAGUUCUCCGAACGGGAUCUUGUUCCUUUGCGGGAACCACCACCCCCCUCUUUCCCUUUUACUUCUCUUUUGUCCCCUCCCAUGUUAGUCUCCUCACUAGAUUUGUCACCCUACCCCUAUUAACUUCCAUGCGUGACUCGUGUGGAAUUUCCCCUUACAGUGUUACCCCUGAAUCCAAUAUCAAGGUCGUGACAGAAAGGAAUGAUUACCAACUUAAUAAGCUUUUGAUUGUUAAACAAAUUCUCCUUGUCAGUAUCAUAUGAAAUGUACAGAGAACAUUAUGGAGAAUAUGUAUACUGUUGUAACGGUAUGAAAAGGUAGCCGUGGUUGGGGAGGGUGAAAUGGGUUCGUUGUUGUCCUUACUGCCCCUCUCCUACUCCCCAAGGUCCGGUUUAUUUCUAUCUAACGUCGUUUUUCUUGUGUAUGUUAGGUGUUGAUACGUCAAACUUGGCCAAUGGAUCCAAAGAUAAUCAAGCGUUCAAAUCCAGUGUUGCUACAGAUCUGAACAAGGCCUAGCCGGAACACAAAUUAAGUAGGGUGUUAAAAUUGUAUACUUCCACUCUUCUGUCUUUGUUUUCUUCCUUUUCCAAAAGGCACCUAUUUUAGAUAUUUUAGAUAAUGAUAGAGUAUCUUGGCGAGACAAACAUCUUCUUAAUUGUCAUUUUCCAUUAGCAUGUUCUGUCAAGGAGUGGGCCUGGGCCUGGUCGGCGGGGCGGUGGCUGAGCGAUAAGCGCGAGUUCACAGUUGCCCCGUGACGUCUUAGCUGGGAAAGUUAUCGAAAUAUUUCCGAUCAAUAGGUUGUAGGAAUAUCGCUUGUUUGCCUCUCCUUGUGGGAAUUUUAAAGUGUGUUCCUUUAUCUCUGAACUGAUUUCUGUAGAAGGUUUUUUUUCUGGAAUUUAUCCAAUCACAAUUAGUACUGGUAGCUGUGGCCUUAAAACCUGAGAAAAUUUAAUUAGCGGAACUUGCGGUCGAAGUAUAGUCCUGAGGGAAAUAGGAUUUUUGUGAAAGAUAACCCGCGGGCCUUGGGUUGUGGCUAGUAAACUAGUCAAAGAAUUGCCACUUAUUUUGUACAUAACUUGGUAACGUUUUGGUACCAUAUUUAAAUGAAUAUUUACAAGUGAAUAGACGUUUUUAAACACUUUAUUUACAAAACUGUAUCCACAUUAAACUUUGCGUAUAUUGUGUAGUUUUUUUAUAUGCAAAACUUGUCAAACAAGUGAAUUAGCUUCAACUAAUAACGUAAGAUGCAUGUUAGUAAUGUGAAUCGCACCUCUGAUCCAAGUUGGGAGCGAUAGCAAAGGCGUUUUAGAGAUGCAUACGGUGACCACAAGUGCAGAGCUUUCUCUCUCUCUCUCUCUCUCUCUCUCUCUCUCUCGGACUUUCUGUUAAGAUCUCAAGUCUGCAGUGUUUUUGUCUUAGAUAACAAAGCAAUCCUAGUUCGUAAAUUUCUUUAUGUCAGAACGCGCUAAAUGCACUUAUAUUCUACCUCUGGUUGCCUUACGCAUCUCAUAAUUGUCUUUGCCGAAGUUUCCCUUGUAGAAUUGAGUUACUUUUAAUAUGACUGCAUUAGAGUAAAUAAUACUUUAGCACUUUUAGACUUAGCGUUAACACUUAACAUAGUUUAGGAUCAGAUCUUAGAAAAAACUUGGGCUUGCAGCUGGCAAAUGAACCUUUCUCCAAACCGGCAGCCAUAGCGAGGAAGCACACGAUUAAAACAUUACUGAAUAUUAGAAGUCGAUGCAACUCAAACUAUCGGGAAAGAGAUGGUCAAAAGACUUUUACGUAUACAUUCACAAUCUUUUAACGAGUAAGGGUGUUGCGUAAAUCCUCCAAACAUAACAAAUACUUGUGAUUAUCUCAAAUCUUAACUCAGCUAAAAGAUCAUUUGCCAACGGGUGUCUCACCCAGGUGCUGGAGAAAGGUCCGUCAUCAGUGUGUCUUACUGUUUAGGCCUCUGUGUAGUGUAUAUAUUAGGUUUCCUUCGUGAGAUGGGAAUGCCAACUACAUCCCAAGUCUGCUUUGUUCCCAGGCUCUCUACUUUACCUUCCUUGUCGUUGAGAAGAGAGACAAGGCAGGGAAAAAAGGAGAACCUGGGAACGAGUUUAAUGGUUUCUCAGUUUCUCUUUGGUGUUUUUCUAUAUUACCGAACUAAGGUGCUGUAAUCGUUUAAAAUCCACGUCAGUCUUUUCCAUCCUCCAGCAACCUCCUUGCCUUUUUGUUUACGUUUACCACUUGAGUAGUUGGCCCUUCUUACUCACUAUUAUUCCAAGAUAUCUUGUUUUUCUUUCCUAGAGAAGUUUUCUCGGUUGCCAAAACAAAAAUUUCAACGUACUGUGGCGUGGCUCCUCAAAGAAAUUAUGAAAAGCGUCAUAUUUUGUGCACUAUUUUUCAGUACAUACGACGAAAUAGUCAAUUAAGUAAAAUGCUCUUGUUCAAGUUGUUAUUUGCAUCCUAUAUGGUGAAGCAAAGUGUUAUGUCCAUAUUUGUGAAAAGUUUAC